UUUUGGGCACCUCAGUACAAGAAAGAUAUUGAGCCGCUGGAGAGCAUUCAGAGAAGGGCAAUGAGGCUGGUGAAGGGACUGGAGAACAAAUUUUGUGAGGAACAGCAGAGCAAACUGGGGUGGUUUAGCCUGGAGAAGAGAAGGCUGAAGGGAGAUCUUAUUGCUCUCCACAACUCCCUGAAAGGAGAUUGUAGCUAGUAUCAGUGAUGGAAACCCCCACCCACAGCACCGUGCACCUGAGCGACUGGCAGAAAAGUUACUUUGCGAUUACCUCUGGCACCUGCACACCCGGACAGAAGGCAGAUGAAUACCGUGCCAAAAUCCUGCGCAUUCAGUAUGCAUGGGCAAACUCCGAGAUCUCUCAGGUCUGUGCUGCCAACCUAUUUAAGAAAUACGCAGAGAAGUACUCUGCAAUUAUUGACUCUGACAACAUAGAGACUGGCUUGAAUAACUAUGCUGAAAACAUUUUGACUUUGGCAAAGUGUCAGCAAAAUGACAGUGACAAGUGGCAAUCUGCCUUGACAACAGAUAAUGUAUUUGAAUUAAAGUGUGUGCAAGAGAGGAUGCAGGCUGGCAAAAAUUUCCAGAGCUCUCAGAUGGCACCAGCAGAUGCCUGUGUACCAGCUGAUAAAGGGGUCAGUGCCUCUGCCGCUCCAGGUCUUACUAAACUCGGUGUCUUCAGCAGUGCCGGGGAGACUAAGCUCUGUGCUGGCUCAGCAAAAUGUGCAAGUCGGGUACCAGAUCUCCUUGAGCAUCCCUCAUCUUCAAAGUCUCUUCAAAGCAGUGUGCCUCCUGUGACCAAAACUUUAGAUACACUUCCUGCCUCUUCAGCCUUCUUAAAUGAGCAGGUUCAUGUAGGUUUCCAGGCAACUCCACUAUUUGGAAUUAAAGAAGUGGCAAGUAGUAGUUCUCUGAAAAUGCCAGGUAACUGUCAUGAUGGACAAAAUUUGUCUCUUUCCAAUCAGUUAGUUGUACCUGCGUGCUCUGCAAGUUCUGGAAAAAGAAAAGCAUUUUAUGGUCUGGCUGAUGAAGGCAGCACAGUGAUUCCAAGCCCUGCUUCAUGCCAGACUUCCAUUAGUACAGAAACCAGUAGUUUUUCAGGAUGCAGAAACAGGAAUGAUGAGAGUGGUGUUCCUGGUUUUAGAACUGCGAAAGAACAGCUGUGGGUGGAUCAGCAAAAGAAAUCUCAAAACCUACCUCAGCGUGCAUCAGUCUUAUCAUAUGGAGGUGUAAAGAAAUCACUGGGUGCAGGCAGAUCUCGGGGUCCGUUUGGCAAGUUUGUUCCUCCAGUUCCAAAACAAGAUGUAAAUGAAAACGGAGGGGCACAGUAUAAACCUCAUGCAAGAGGAUCAGCAAGUCCAUUGUUGCCUGUAGAUGAACGACUGAAAAACAUCGAACCAAAAAUGAUUGAACUCAUUAUGCACGAGAUCAUGGAUCAUGGGCCUCCUGUCAACUGGGAUGACAUUGCUGGAGUUGAAUUUGCUAAAGCUACUAUAAAAGAAAUAGUUGUCUGGCCUAUGCUGAGACCAGACAUCUUCACUGGGUUACGUGGUCCUCCUAAAGGAAUUCUUCUCUUUGGCCCCCCUGGGACUGGCAAGACUCUUAUAGGCAAGUGCAUUGCAUGCCAGUCUGGAGCGACUUUUUUUAGCAUCAGUGCCUCUUCUCUGACUUCCAAGUGGGUGGGCGAGGGGGAGAAGAUGGUCCGUGCGUUGUUUGCUGUGGCACAAUGCCAACAGCCAGCAGUGAUUUUCAUCGAUGAAAUUGAUUCUCUGUUGUCUCAGCGUGGAGAUGGGGAGCAUGAGUCGUCGAGAAGAAUAAAAACCGAAUUUCUGGUCCAGUUAGAUGGGGCAGCAACCUCCUCUGAAGAUCGUAUUCUAGUGGUUGGAGCAACAAAUCGACCCCAAGAAAUCGAUGAAGCUGCCCGAAGAAGACUAGUAAAGAGACUGUAUAUUCCUCUUCCAGAAGCCUCAGCUAGGAAGCAGAUUGUUACCCGCCUAAUGUCAAAGGAACACAGCUCUCUAAGUGAAGAGGAAAUUGAACUCAUAGUUACAAAAUCUGAGGGAUUUUCUGGGGCAGACAUGACACAGCUCUGUCGAGAAGCUUCUCUGGGCCCUAUCCGCAGCCUUCAGUCCAUGGACAUUGCAACCAUCAUGCCAGACCAAGUACGGCCUAUUGCUUUUCUGGACUUCGAGUGUGCAUUCAGAACUGUGCGACCCAGUGUCUCCUCGAAGGACCUAGAACUGUAUGAAACCUGGAACCAGACAUUUGGCUGUGGUAGAUGACUACAUCCUAACUGUUCUGCAGAAAUAGUAAAUUUCUUUAGCACUGUCACAUUAUACCCAUAAUAAUUUAGAGUGUCUGCACUUCUUUUUGUUUCUGUCUUUGAAAUUAAUCUUAUGUUAUGCAAGCAUGUAUCUAAGGUUUUGAGGUUUUGCCAUCUAUGAAAAGACCAUGAGAAGAUGCUGGUCACAAUAUGAGAAACUGCUGAACACAAGUAACAGAGUGAAACACUGGCAAAAGUUACAGAUAGCUGCUGUGAAAGAUGGACAAAUUUCACUUCUGUUUAAGGGAGAGAUGGACAAAGCUCACACAUAAUUGGAGGGAGGACUGGGGGGAAUCACGCAAGGCCUACUGUGCUGUAUUGGUAGUGCCAUGCAAGACUGAGGGGGACCCAGGCAAUCUUAUUGGGAAUACCAGUUUUGGGUAUGGAUGCAACAAAACUGGGACUGAUGGGGAAAAGUAGUUAAGGGGUAUACUGAGAGGAGACUGGAAGGAAAGGGUCAAGGGGGAUGUGGGAGGAAAAAUAGAAGGAAAAAUGCAUGGAAAAAUAGAAGAGGGAAUAAAAGGGGACAAUCUUGUGAACUGUGUUGUUGUCUGACAGCUCUGUACCACAUCACUGCAGUCUAUUCCAGCUUCUCAUUAAAUACAUUUCCUGCUGAUUUUCAGCUUGACCUUGCUUGCUGUGUCACAUAUGAGUGUGUGUACGUAUGUUAUCAGGAGCUCUGGGCACCUGUAUCUGGAGAAGAGGCCAUGGGUCACAGAGUCUCUAGGAUCUGAGGGCCAACCAUGGGCUAGCUGAUGUGUUUUCAACCAGGUGCUGUAGAAAUCCCAGUGUGUGUGCAAACUUCACUAACAAAACUUGCCAGCAAACUUCAAGUUGGACUAGCUGGCAUGUAGAAGGAAACCAGCAUCUGGAAAAACCCCAGAUGAAAGUCUGUGACAGGGUAAGGGGGCUCAGGGCCUGGGCCUGGGUAUUAAACGAACUUAAAUCCAAUGGUAAUGUUUGGAGGCUCCAUGAGUGUGGUAUCCUUGUGAAGCUGGAGAAUGCAGGGGUGUGUCUCACAUGUGAGCAUCAGUACUGUUUGGCUGGAGAUGAGAAACAAGAUGGGGCUGUGUUGUUGGAUUUACAUGAGCGCAUUUGCUUUGUGUGUGAAUGCUUGUAAAGGCCUUUCUUGCUCUGUGUCCUUGUCUCUGUGUGUGUUUGUGUGUAUCUGCUGUUUUGUAUUGGGGGCUUAGCCUUGCUCCUGGCUGGGCCACAGGCAAAAUCAUCAGCAGCUGCAUCUUCAACUGAGACAGGAGAAGCUUCAGGCUAAGACCGUGCUCAAUUUGGCUCGAGUGGCCAAGAAGGAGACCUCCCGUGUCUCAGUGCCAACUGGAUUCCGUUAUUCCUUAAAAGAUCUUCAUGCAACAGUGAUGAAAUUCCUAGCUAGCUUUUAUUUGGUGUUCUUAACUGAGGUCUGAAAGAAAUGUACAGUCUCUUGUUCACAUAACCUGUACUUGCCCACUAACUGGACAGAGCUGCCCCCGAAUGGAAAUAAAUUAAAAGCUUUCCUUUGGAUUCUUUUGUUUGUGUGGCAGAGCUGCCUGCUAUGCUGUCCAUGCUUUAUUUUCUGUUUCUCUAAAGCACUUUUUCUCCUCUUGGGGAAAAUGCAGAGAUUAAAAGCUAGCCUUACUUAGAUUUUUCUAAAGAUGGAUAAAUGCUGUUUAGCCAGCAUUUUCUGAAAGCCCUUUGGGAACUACAGGGGCUGUGAGACCAUAC